GCUGAAAACCGACCAGGUUGUUAUUGUUGUGUUUUCUACCUCUUUUUGUACUUUUUCGCGACCGCGUCCCAUCGUCCAUCGUGGUCGUCGCCGUUGAGUCGUCGUGGUGAAGAGAACGUGAGCCUUUGCACAGCAUGGAUGGCAAGUAAAGCUAUUUUAUUGGCGCAGCAGUUGCGAAGCGAUUUUUUCGCUGACUGGACGCGUAUUUACCAAAGGGCGAUUUUGCCGCCGUCGCAGGGACCGCGAACCGGGUGGGAACGAGUACGAAGAAAGAGUACGACUAACGGUAAGAAGAAGAAAACCUGUAUGCGACCGACUCGUCGGAUGAACUUGCGACGGUUCAAACUGAAGGCGUGGGUGUUGGGAACGCAACCAACAAAGGCAAUCGCGGCAAUUGUUGCAAGUCGUUGUCGGCGGCGCAUUUGGUGUGAAGAAUAUCGUGCCCGGGCCGCAACGUCGAGGGGACGUAAGUAGCAUACGCGUGUGACUGUCAUCGUGACAAAUGAUUAUUUUUGAAUUUUUAUGAAUCAAGUUUAUUGUGUCCCAUCGGGGUGGCGUGUGCUAGCGCUCUUGAAUGAUUUACACAAUUAUCAUAAUAAUACUGAGAGUGAAUGAUUGGGCGUGUACAAAUUGAUUCUGAGCUGUUGAGCUUUAUUAGUGAUAUCAAUAUCAACGAGCAGUACGUGGUAGCAGGUGUUCAGCACUGAAUAAAUCAUUGGCUGAUAGUCGUUAUCCGGUGGAAUCAAUUAGUGUAAACGGUAUGACGGACAUGAUCGACAUGAGGAUGCAUCAACAUAUUGCUCACGAGAUUUACCGGCAGCAUAUGCUGCAAAGGAUUCCUGAUCCUUUUCCAUCGAUGUUGCCGGUUCCGGUGCCGCCGAUGCAUGCUAUGGCCCUGCCACCGCGUUACUCGCUGCCCGGCGUGGAGAUGAAACUGCAGAACAAGGAUCUGUGGCGGGAGUUCCACAAAAUUGGCACCGAAAUGAUCAUCACCAAGUGCGGAAGACGAAUGUUUCCUUCGAUGCGUCUUACCGUGGAUGGUUUGGACGCGGAUACCAAUUACUGUGUACUGCUGGAGAUGAUGCCCAUUAGCGACUGUCGGUUCAAGUUUAGCGGGUCCCAAUGGGUUCCGGCGGGUGGCGCCGAGCCACAGAGUCCGCAACGGUUCUGCCUUCAUCCGGAUAGCCCCGCCCUCGGGACGCACUGGGCCUCACAACCGAUUGUAUUUAACAAGGUGAAGCUUACCAACAACACGCUGGACAACAAUGGACAUGUUGUGCUGACCAGCAUGCACAAAUAUCAACCAAGAAUACACAUCAUCAGAACUGCAGAUCCAUCGCAGAUUCCGUGGGCCGCCCAGCAAGCGUUCGUGUUCCCUGAGACGGAGUUUGUGGCUGUUACUGCUUAUCAGAACGAUCGAAUAACCAAACUGAAGAUCGAUAACAACCCGUUUGCCAAAGGAUUCCGCGAGACUGGCCAGUCGCGCUGCAAGAGGAAACUAGGCAGCAGCAGCAGUGGCAGCAGCAAUACAUCAACGUCAUCCUCCUCGUCGUCAUCGUUGUCGUCCUCCGGAACAUGUGGCCAAAUGACAGAUGACGAGGAUCGCAACGAUCUGCAACAGCUCCACGAGGCAAAGCGGGCCAGAUCAAACGAGCUGUCGGAAUCGAUGGACCCCGGCCGGCUGCUAAUGGGUGGACUGGAGCACGGAAUGGGGCCCGACGCGUUGCGACUGCAGAUGCAUCGAAGGUUUCCGCCGGGUUCUAGUGCGGCAGCUGCCGCCGCCAACGAACUACUGAUGCGUCAGUACAAUCAAAUGUUCAAUCCCAGCUGGAUGGAUCUGAUGAUGCCGUACUUUGCCCGGAACCCGUACCAUCCGCACCAAGGGUUGGGACCGCAACAUGCACCCCAUCAGCUGGGACAUCCCUUUCUACCGGUGACGGUGAAUCAUCAGUUGAGUCCGGCACCGGUGCCACCGCAAAUAUCACCCACGGAAUCCAUUCCCGAGUCGGACCGAUCGUCCGCUUUCAGUGUGACACAACCGCUGAGCUCGGAGGAUGUGCAUCCGGUUCGAUCGUCACCCGCUUCGGUGGUGGAGUCUUCAUCGGCGAGGAGCCACGCUGGGGAUGAUCCGCCUAUCGAACAGCGGGGAGAUGGGAACGAUGACAGUAAAAAAGUGAAUUUCAGUAUUGCAUCCAUAUUGCUUCUGUAGGAGAAUACUUGUGUGAUUUAGAUUUUUAUAUCUGAUGUAAUACUCUCGUGUGUAUAUUUAUGAACUCCUCGGACACCUCAUUAUCAAGUGCUUUUGCAUUUUCUGUGAAUGUAUUGAGAUUGUGAAUAAGAUUUAC